AAUGUUGGUUAUUGCAGGCGAUACUGUGCUGAUGUUGUGACGUUAAAGAUUUUCUAACAGUAUACUUCAAACAAUCGCGUCCUAAACGCGUUUAAUUGAAACUUUAUUCAAAAUUUGCUAAAUAUGGCUGCUGUGAGUUCUAUAUCAAAUGUUGAAAACUUAUCUCCACAAAUUAUUCGACGUGUAGCUAAAGAAAUGAGUGAAUUAGCUGAACAACCACCCGAGGGUAUUCGAGUUGUUUUAAAUGAAGAAGAUGUUACUGACAUUCAAGCUAUUAUAGAAGGACCCUCGGGAACGCCAUAUGCUGGCGGUUUCUUCAGAGUAAAAUUAGCUCUUGGCAAAGAUUUUCCUCAAGGACCACCAAAGGCAUUUUUCCUUACAAAAAUUUUUCAUCCAAAUGUUGCAAAAAAUGGAGAAAUUUGUGUCAAUACCUUAAAAAAGGAUUGGAAAUCAGAUCUCGGAAUUAAACAUAUAUUACUAACUGUAAAAUGUCUCUUAAUAGUGCCAAAUGCAGAAUCUGCUUUAAAUGAAGAAGCUGGUAAAUUAUUAUUAGAAAGGUAUGACGAUUAUUCCGAACGAGCAAAAAUGAUGACAGAAAUACAUGCACAGGGAGGUGGAAAAGGCAGCAAAGCAGGUCUGGAUAGUUGCACAUCCUCUGAAGUCGGAGGACCCCUCCCAAAAAAGCAUGCAGGAGAUAAAAAACUAUCAGCAGAAAAGAAAAAGAUAUUGAAAGACAAGAAGAGGACACUCAAAAGAUUAUAAAAAAAUCAACAUAAUUUAUCUAUCUUUUAUAAUUUAAAACACUGGUGUGGUAACAUUGCCUCAUAUUGUACACAAUUAUUGCAUAGUAAAAAUUUAUUAUCUAAA